UCAAGAUGGCAGCUCCCGUGGCAGAACUCGAGACUCAUGUUUGUGCACAAUCUUUUGGAAAACUGGUUGACCAUUUGCCUCAUGGCGAAAGAACAUUUUACACUCUGCCACAAAAAGGUGGCGAGCGUGUCGUUUCAAAGAAGAACGUCAUAAAAUUUGAGGAAAUAACGGAAAUUUGUUCGUAUAUCAACAACAGUGUUAUCGGCAGAGAGUCGACUUUCUACGGACCAUUUGGCAAACGAAAAGUUGUAUACUGUGAUUACACAGCAUCUGGGAGGUCCUUGGACAUGAUUGAAGACUACAUCAGGAGUCAGGUUCUGCCUCUGUAUGGCAACACCCAUACCACAACCACUGUCACCUCGCUACAAACCACGCUGUACAGACAUGAAGCCAGGGAUAUUAUUCGUAACUCUGUCAAUGCCAAUGAGCAUGAUGCUGUCAUCUUUGUUGGAACUGGGUGCACGGCAGCCAUUCAUAAACUCAUCCACUGCCUUCAUCCGCAGGCCCCACCAGUUGUGUUUGUUGGUCCAUUUGAGCAUCACUCCAACUUGUUACCCUGGAGAGAGAUAGGAGCAAAGGUCGUUAGAAUCCCUGAGGAUGCAGAUGGCCUUGUUGAUACCAACUGUUUGGAAGCUGAAUUAAAGAAGUGGCACACCUCUGGUCACCAGCUAAUUGGCUGCUUCUCAGCUGCCUCUAAUAUUACUGGUAUCCUGACUGAUGACAUCAAGGUGACAGUGAUGCUACAUCAGUACGGAGCCUUUGCAUUUUGGGACUUUGCCACCGCUGGUCCUUACGUAGACAUCAAUAUGAAUCCCGUGUACAACAGUGGGGGUCUGCACUCGCUGGCGUACAAGGAUGCAAUAUUCCUGUCGCCUCACAAGUUUGUUGGGGGUGUUGAGACCCCCGGCAUUCUCGUCGCCAAGAAAGCCCUCUUCAGGAACCCAGUGCCCAGCGAUGGAGGUGGUGGAUCAGUCUUCUUUGUCAGCCAUGAGGACCAUCGGUACUUGAAGCAGGUGGAGAUGAGAGAGGAAGGGGGCACACCGUCCAUUGUUGGGGCCAUCCGAGCUGGCCUGGUCUUCCAGCUCAAGGCUGCUCUAGGGGCUGAUAGCAUCAUGUCCAGGGAACAGGACCUCUGCAGGAGAGCCUUUGGGAGAUGGUCUGGUUGCUCUAGUCUGGUUCUUCUGGGCAACACUGCUGUGCCCCGUCUUCCUAUAUUCUCUUUCCUGAUCAGACAUCCUACCACUGGGCAGUUUCUGCACCACAACUUUGUCUGUGCUGUUCUGAACGAUGUCUUUGGCAUACAGGCCAGGGGUGGUUGUGCGUGUGCUGGACCCUAUGCACAGGAUCUGCUCGGGAUUGACCUGAAACUGGCCAAGGAGAUUGAGGCAGUGCUUCUAGAAGACAGUCGUCUGGACAGGAUACACCUACGACGUUACACUGAAUACUCAGAGAGAGAAAUACUAAGACCUGGCUUUACGCGACUUAACCUUCCCUAUUUCAUGGAUGACGAGUGCGUUGAGUUUGUUCUGGAUGCUGUCAGCUUGACAGCACAACAUGCCUGGAAGCUCUUACCACAGUAUAUUUUUAAUCCAGAAACUGGCGAAUGGAAGCAGAGAAACCACCAGGUAUUCCAAGAUCGACGCUGGCUGGGCUCUAUUAGUUACUCUGAGGGCAAGAUAAUGUACCCCGACCCACCAGUGCUAAAGACAAAAGGCAGGCUUCCAGCAGACUAUAAGGAUUGUCUAAGACUUGGUGAAGAAAUCUUCAAGAAGGCAGAAAAGGUGCGAGUCCAGUUACCAGACCAGAGUUUGCUCUUUGACAGCAAGGCUGCUGACUUGCGGUGGUUCAUGUUACCUAGUGAGGCACGGAGUCUACUGAGCAACAAGUCACUGUCUUCCCAUAGUGCUUUGCGCAAAAAACUGCCUUUUGAGCCUGUCAAGUACAAACAAAAGAAGGAUCCUGCCAAUGCUUUUGACUCGAAAAUGGACGAGAAACGGCAUUGUGGUUCAGGUUGCUCCAUGGUUGGCAGUGUAGAAGAAACUUUGGGAACAACACAGCCAACAUCAGAGUGUUUCACCAGUGACAAUACAGAGAGUCAGAUAAACUCUGAGUGCAUAGCUAUGGAGGUGUCACAUGAUGCUUGUAACCAACUGAGCUGUGCUGAGCUAUUCCGGAAUACUGUUGAAGAUGGAUUUACUGAGAAUGCCUACAAUGACGUUGAGAUUAGACAAGGGCAUGGUAAUGACCCCUCCACAACUCCAAACCAAAUGGUUGCUGAUGCCAAAGGUCAAAUUGAGCAUAAAGAAAAGGAUAUUGCUGUUAGAAAGACUCCAAGUAGCAAAAGUGAUGAGUCAUUGUCAACAGAGAAUGCUAAAAACGACAAACAGAGUUCAGUUUCUCGCACAUGUUUGUUGACUUCCUGCGAUGAUGCAGUUGUUUCGAGUGGUAAAACAUGCAACAUUAUUAAACACCAUUCAGCUUACCAGCUCAAUAAACCUGCAGCGGCAAUAACAAGAAAGGCAUGUAGGGAUGGUAACACUGAAAAAUUGAAGUCUGGGACCAUACAAUCCAAUUGCAAUCAGCCUAGUUUUUCAGUGGAGAAGAGAACCGCUGAUCCAGUUGUAGAUAACACCAGGGAUACUCUCUCUGGAGUGGAGCAAACUUUAAAUAGUAUUCCUAGUUGGGAAAGCAGCACUCCUGCUCUAGGAUUAAGGGCAGAUCUCUCGGAUAGUUCACAUAAUCUGCAAAGGACAGAAAAUGAAUCAAAUGGCUGUUCUGGAUGUUGCCCUAACAUGAAUGACUCUCAGGAAGUUACAGGGACAUCAGAGAAACAUUGGUCAGUGGAUGUUAAGAGAGAGCAGUGCAGAACCAACUCCACCGAGCAAACAUACAAAAUUUCCCAGAGGAUACCUUUACCACAGUCUGUGAACUCACCACAUGACUUGUGUUCAGAGGAGUUAACUUCUAGUACUGAAAAGCUAAAGCUAUCUAAGGAUCAGAAGAGUGGUGUGGCAGGAAGAGUGUCAGGCUUUCAGAGACCGCCCAAAUGCAUCUUCAAACCAACAGUACAGGCUUUAGAAGAGUACAAGAUGAUUCAGGAUGGUGACCGUGUGCUGGUUUGCUUGUCAGGAGGGAAAGAUAGUCUCUCUCUCUUGCAUACUCUCAGACAGUACCAGUUUUAUGCUAAAAGCAAGGGAAUCAGGUUUGAACUUGGUGGAGUAACAGUUGACCCCCAAACUUCGGCCUAUGACCCACGACCACUGAUUCCAUACUUGGCAAAUCUGAGAAUGCCAUACUUUUUUGAAGAACAAUGCAUCAUUGACACAGCAGCCGGUCUUGAAGGUGGCUGCGACUCCAUCUGCAGUUUCUGCUCUCGGAUGAAGCGAGGCCGUCUCUAUGCCUGCGCUCGGAGGGAAGGGUACAAUGUGUUGGCUAUGGGGCAGCAUCUGGAUGACUUAGCGGAGAGUUUCCUGAUGUCUGUCUUUCACAAUGGACUUUUACGCACCAUGAAAGCCAACUACACUGUCAAGGAGGGUGAUUUGCGCGUCAUCAGGCCAUUUGUGUAUACCAGGGAAAAAGAUCUGAGAGACUUCGCUGAAAAGGCUAAGCUACCUGUGAUUCCAGAGAAUUGCCCUGCCUGCUUUGAGGCUCCAAAGGAGCGUCAUCGCACCAAACAGCUGCUUGCCUCUCAAGAGCUACUAUUUCCUAGACUCUACAACAGCCUGCAGGCCGCCAUGAAACCACUGAUGGCCAAGAAUAAGACUGGAAUGGAGUCUAGUCGCAAGAAGGAAGAUUUCUUUGAAGAGAGUGACAUAUGAUCAGGAAAACAGAGUCUGUGGGAGUUUUUCAUAAUCUCUCUGCAGCCUUGAUUCAGUCAUUGAUAAAAAUUGUAAUAAAUCACCUGAUGCAUUUUCAGCCCCCCCAAAAGAUCUUUCAAGAAAAUGCGCAAUAUUUUUGGGUCUCAAGCCAGAUUCAAUGUUACAUCAUCUUUCCAAAGCAUCAAAAUGUAAAUUGGAAGAUAGGCUAAGCCCAUUUGCAUGUGUUGAAUGCCUCACUGACCAUUGAGAUGCCUCUAUGAAUGUGUGUGGAAUAAGUCUCGAUCUCCUGAAGAGUUAACUUAGCAACCACAGUUUUUGAAUGGCAGUGCAAUAAAAUAAGGCCUGAAAAGACUUUUCCCAAACGUCUUUAAAUGCCUAUAUUUCAAUAAGGUUGAGUGCAUGACCAUGAACAAAAGGAUUUUUUUCAACAAAAAUUUUUAAAUUUUUAAAAGAAAGUCUAUAAUGUGGGCAUGACAGCAUCCAGCUUAAAACUUGUAAUUAAUGCUCUAUGCAUAAAGUAUUUGUGAAAGCUUUACAGCUAUUUUUAAUUAAAAAUUAACAGGUAAGAUAACCUCAAUUUUUAUUUCAUCUCUACUUAACUUGACCUGAAGAUACUUCCCAGGCAACAUUGCAUAGGCCUAUCAUAUAUUUUUGGCAGCAGAUCAUUUUUUAUUGAUUUUUAGAAAGUAAGAAAAAAUUUACCCACGAAGCAGUUUUUGGGCAGAUUUUAAUACCAGAAAAAUUUGGCAGUAUGUUUGAGACACCAGUUAUUUAUUUAUUUUUCAUUUUUUUCAAAUCUCCAUUUUUUCAGAUAUUUGAUUUCCGAUUUUUGGGAAUUUACCAUUAUCAAAUUUUGGCCAAUUCAUUUUUCUUCAAAUUACUUGGACAUGUUGCCAUAUAGAGCUAACCUUCUGAUAAUUGUGCUGUAUUGUGUGUUUUCAAACCCAGUGCAAUUCCUAUAUGACUACAAUGAUCACAUCUUUUGGAGAAAAAAUACUGCAAGAUAAAAAAAACCACUGAGGGACCAACAAUAUUUUUCCAUCGUUGCCAUAAAGCAUACAAAACAAUUUUUUCUCCCUGCAGUACUAAAGACGAGGGGGUGGUAAUGAUUCCUGUGCAUUGUCAUUUUUUAAGUUCCAAAAAACAGGAUGUUGUUCGCUUACUCCAUCCUGAUAGCAGUUUUUGGUUUGGGCGCUCGUGAACAUGAUGUAAUUGAAUUGUAAUUUAGACGUACAUCUUUCUUUAUUGAAAGUGUUUUUACACAUCACCUCCGAAUACAUGUAUUUUGAGAAGUAUGCGUUAAGAGCUUUGAAAUAAAAAUUACAAAAUGGAGUGGCGUGCUUUAAGGUACAAUUGUCUGAGAGCUACACUAGCCGUUGGAAAUGGCUGAAUUGCAUUAAAACACUCCAGAGGGGCCACAUGUGCGGAAAACCUCCGCACUACAUAUUUAAUCUACCUUAAAAAAGCUGAAAACAUUGUUAAAAUUUGAGCCGUAACUCCCUCCUCUUUGUUGCUUCGUGGAAGAUAGCUGUACUCUCAGUCCAGGAUUAUCUGGAAGUCACAAAUUACAGGUUCAGCUUCGGCCAAGAACUGCAAGUUGUCUUCAUUCCAAAAUUCAUGGAAAAGCACCUCUUUGGUGCCUGACUUAACCCCCCAAUACAAAGUCAACCUUUUUUCGACAACUGAGAAAAUGCUCUGAGCCAGCAGGAUUGUUAUUCAUGUUGCUUUUACUUGAUGUAUAGAAGCAGACGUUAGGUGAAAAAAACACCUGCGAUUUUGCACAACACUCGGGACACCCAUUUCGUCAGAUUGAUCAUGCCUUUAAUUUUACAUCUCACUUUCUGUAUCUCCAAGAUACAACCAUCUUCCAAGGGCUGGAGGGAGCGUCACGGGAUCCAUUUGGGUAUUUUUAUCAAGACGUCAUGGGGUCAACUGGGCACGGAGUUUAAUUCUCUAAGAGCAAAGCGCCGGUUGUAUGAUGCGAGCGAACGCUUAAUACUGCCCAAUAUUGGUGGCGCCACUUAUUAGAUCUAUCUCCGAGUUGAGAAGUCCACUGCGAUGAUAUCCAGGUUUGAAGUUGUAUUAACCACGCGUGAACCAUAGCUUUAUAUAUCUAAAUCCGAAAGCUUAAUUUGAAGCACCAGUGGUCUGGGCGGUAAGGCAAGUAACUGCUAGUCAUCGAGACCCGGGUUCGAAUCCCGGAGGCGGUUUUUUAUAUUUUCAUCUUUUCAGUCGAGUCUGAUAGAUAAAUAUAUGGAACGAGUAAUGAUUCUUCGGGGACCCGAACAGCAGUGGCGGUAGAGAUACUGCCUCCUGGUCAGAGAGUCCCGGGUUCGAGUCCGGCCCGGGACCAGAGAUGACCGAAGCAGGGAAACCUGCGAUAGGUCCGAGUUCCGUGGCGUUCGUCUAGGGAAGAAGAUAAAAUAAAAUAAAAUAAAAUGGAAAUUUUA